AUGGCGAUGAUCGUGAGUCAGAACAUGGUAACAGAGGCGGAAAUUAUUUGCCAGAAGAGCAUUCCGAUGCUGGACGUGAAGUAUCACCUUCGCAUGGCGCAAGAACAUGGCGUUAAUGUCGAGGUUUCACCCACCUCCAAUGCCGUUCCCAUUUUCGGCCACGUGAGGGUUGCCGCUGAAUCGGUUUCUACGGAAACGACUCGUUUUGAAUCGGUUGUGAGUUGCCCUGAGAUGACUGAAGAUUCCAUUUUAGAGGCUCCUGAUUCUAAGUUUACACCAAAUGUUCGAUCUGGUUGCUGUGCUGAUAUUGGACCCAGGGGAUCUAUGGAUGAUGAGCACAUUCGGAUAGAUGAUCUAGCUACCCACCUCGGGUUCGUCUUUGAUCAUCCUAUGGCAAAUGCAUUUUAUGCAGUUUUUGACGGGCAUGGAGGCCCUGAUGCAGCUGCCUUUCUUAAAAACAAUGCUAUGAGAUUAUUUUUCGACGAUGCUGAUAUGCUGCAAUCAUAUGAUGCUGAUGCACUUUUUCUGAAGAGGUUGGAAGAUUCUCAUAAAAAGGCAUUUUUGGGAGCAGACCUUGCCUUGGCUGAUGAACAAAGUGUUAGUAGUUCCUGUGGAACAACGGCGUUGACUGCUCUUGUAAUUGGAAGGCAUUUGAUGGUUGCUAAUGCUGGGGACUGUAGAGCUGUUCUUUGUAAGCGAGGAGUAGCGGUUGAAAUGUCCCAGGAUCACAGACCAAGUUAUUUACAAGAACGCAGGAGAGUGGAGGAGAUGGGUGGUUUCAUUGAUGAUGGGUAUCUCAAUGGUUAUCUUUCUGUUACUCGUGCCCUUGGGGAUUGGGACUUGAAAUUUCCACUUGGUUCUGGGUCGCCUCUCAUUGCUGACCCGGAUGUUCAGGUGGUCACAUUGACAGAGGAGGAUGAGUUUUUGAUCAUUGGUUGUGAUGGUAUAUGGGAUGUGAUGUCAAGCCAGGACGCUGUUAGUCUUGUUCGGCGUGGGUUAAGAAGGCAUGAUGACCCUCAACAAUGUGCCACAGAGCUAGUUAAGGAAGCAUUGCGCCUACACUCAUCAGAUAAUCUUACUGUGAUUGUUAUUUGCUUGUCCCCUGUCCAGAGUAUUGUCCAAUCAUGUCCACCCCACAUGCGAAGAUUCAGAUCUUGCUCAUUAUCUGAAGAGGCUCGUAACAAAUUGAGAAACUUGUUAGAGGGAAAUUAA